CAGGGUAGGCAGACUGAUGAAAGCGAGGAUCAGCCAGAAGAGGCUCGUUGAGAAAGGCCCUAAGGAUGCCAGGGGAUAGCACUUGGUUCUGCGGGCGGGUAGGCCCUGAGGGAUCGCAGGGCUCGGAGGAAAUAAGGCGGUGACGACUGUAGCUUGAGGGCGCACUGCGCGUCUUGGCCGCGGAGCGCGGGGAUGGGACGCGCCGGCGUGCCGAGGGCAGACAAAUCCCACAGAGGAAUGGCCAACAGCGGGCAGCGAGCCCAGCGCGCGCCAACCGCUGCAGCGCCUAGAAAGGCCCGCCCACUCGCCGCCACGCCCGAAUCUCAUUGGCGCCUCCUAACUCUCCGCGGAUUGGUUACCUCUGGGUCCAAUUAGCCUGGCCUGAGCCCUCCUUCCGGUGAGAGCGGUCUGCCCCCAGAGAAAGCGGAAGAGCGCGUUAGCGCGCGCUUCACAAAGUCCCGGUAGUUUGAGGGACUGGGUGGUGUGCCUAAAGGCUAUGAAGUGCGGGAGGGUCGAAACAGAGUGAAAGGGAAGAAGCGUUGAGGGAGCAGGGCCUGCGCGGAGUGGAGAAAUUAAAUAAAACUGCGGGCCUUAAAUUAAGAGGCUAGGAUUUGGUGGGUGAGCCCUUGAGAGGCGUGGUCUUUGGGGCGAGGUCUUUUGACAGGUAGAGCCCCUUCCGAGUGAGCCGGCCCAUCGCGGGGCGGGGCCUGGCUGGAAAUGUCAGUCAUCUCCCUUCUGCCGGGUAGCAUGAGGCAUCGCACUCUAGCCUCCUUCCCGGCCCUAUGGGCCUCCAUCCCCUGUCCACGCUCUGAACUACGCCUGGACCUGGUUCUGGCUUCUGGACAGUCUUUCCGGUGGAGAGAGCAAAGCCCUGCGCACUGGAGUGGCGUGCUGGCCGACCAGGUAUGGACCCUGACCCAGAAUGAGGAGCAUCUUUACUGCACUGUGUACCGAGGGGACAAGGGCAGGGUUGGCAGGCCCACACGGGAAGAGCUAAAGGCCGUGCGACAGUACUUCCAGCUGGAUGUCAGCCUUGCUCCACUGUAUCAACAUUGGAGUUCUGUGGACCCCCACUUUCAAGAGGUGGCUCAGAAAUUCAAGGGUGUGCGACUCCUGCAACUGGACCCCAUUGAAUGCCUUUUCUCCUUCAUCUGUUCCUCCAACAACAACAUUGCCCGCAUCACUGGCAUGGUGGAACGGCUCUGCCAGACCUUUGGACCUCGGCUCAUCCAGCUUGAUGAUGUCACCUACCAUGGCUUCCCCAGCUUGCAGGCCCUGGCUGGGCCAGAGGUGGAAGCUGAGCUCAGGAAUCUGGGCCUGGGGUACCGUGCCCGCUUUGUGAGUGCCAGUGCCCGAGCCAUCCUGGAAGAAUGGGGUGGACUUCCCUGGCUGCAGCAGCUGCGCAAGGCCCCCUAUGAGGAGGCCCACAAGGCCCUCUGCACUCUGCCUGGAGUAGGCACCAAGGUGGCCGACUGCAUCUGCCUGAUGGCGCUAGACAAACCCCAGGCUGUGCCCGUGGAUGUCCACGUGUGGCAGAUUGCCCAACGUGACUACAGCUGGCACCCAACCACCAGCCAGGCCAAGGGCCCGAGCCCCCAGGCCAACAAGGAACUGGGGACCCAGAGCAAGAGCAGCCUCUGUUCUACCCCGUCAGCCAGAAGUGAAAACUCCGGGCCACUCGGGCCAUACAAGGCCACCACAGAGCCUGGGCUGUAGGAAACAGGAAGCAGAGAUCAAGUGGCCAGAGGAAGCACCACCCUGCAUCCAGCCUCCCCAGCCAGCCAGGCCCAGAGUGAGGACCUUCGCCACCCCACCCCCAGCUCAGGGACAGCUCCCCCUUCUCUCCUGCCUCCGAGACUCACGUUCCCAGAACAUCGCGGAAGUCGUAAAUGUCUCUAAUGUCCUCCGCCUGCUUCCAGCUGGGGCCUUCCACUGCCCCUGGCAUGGCCCACUGCCCCCUGGCCACAGCCAGGGCUCCUGGGAAAGGGAACGGAAGAAGACUCAGCAGGGCUCAGACUUCCUUGUGGGAACUUAGUGAGGGCCCCAUUGAGCACACAUGUAUUCAUUCCUUGAUUUACUCAUUUGACAAAUCAUCCAACAUUCAUUCACAGGCCAUGGGUUCAUUCAGCAACAUCCAUUCAUUAUAUCCUUAAGCCUAGAGGAAAAUCCUUCAGGUGGCAGCAAAAUUCUUUGUUCAGUAAAGUCACUCAUUCAUUCAUUCA